AUGUUUCGAGUGCAGAAGCUUUUGCUCAGUGAAUUCGAUGAGAUCUACGAGCCAGUAUUAGUCGAGAAUCCAUUUACGCUAGUUGAUGCCAAGGGCAUCGGAGUGCGCCAAUACCACAUAGCACUGACCUGCACCAGGAUCGUGUUUGGCUGUGACAAUUUCUACAAGCACGGCGAGCAAUGCUGCGAGCCCCGUUGGCAUAGCCUGGGUCUUGAUCCAGAGAUCGAAUGCUUCGAAUUGGUCAGCAUGAUGCCUCUACAGUUCAUUCGUUUUAAUUUUUUUCGCAAAGGCCAGCGCUACAUCAUGAUAAUCAAUGUGCAGAAUUUGGAAAUGCAGGAGAAGCCCAUGAUCUUUGAAUUUGGUGGGCAUGUCUACAAACAGCACUUUUGGCAUAUGUGGCGGGAACGUGUGGCAGCCAUAAAAGUGAUGCAGCCGCGCUUCGCUCACAUCACCUGCUCUUCUCCAUUCUCAAGCACUGAUGUGCAGUUGGAAGAAGAACUCCAACGCGUCGAUGUACAUAGCAAGCCAAGGUCGAUUUUUGGAGUAUGCUAUACCUCUUCAAGCAACUAAAAAGUUUUUAUUUAGCACCAGUUUUAAAGCACAACAUUCCCUUUUGGCCAUAAUUAUCAAAUAUUUUUUCUGGCCAUUAUCAACUACAACAUUACAACACUUAUGCAAACUUAAACAAAUUUAACGUACUUUACCAAAGACUUUAUCAAAAUCUUCUUUCACUACUUUGGUAACAACAUGUUUGACAAAAAA